CCUGCUACAGUGGAGGAGCAGCCCUGGCAGGCCUCCACUUCCCUACCUCCCCUGCAGGCUUGCAGUCCGGAUCUUGGCGAUGCCAGCCCCCAGCCAGGCCCGAGGACACACCUACUCCCCCUCUAACCUUCAAGGGGCCCUCCAGGCACCCCAAAGGCUUCAGAAGCAAGAAAAGUAGAAGGGCUGAGAAGCUGUGAGCCAACUUCCCGCUGCCAGCGAGGCGGCGCCCAGCUGAGAUGCGCGCGACACACAGCGCGCCCCUCCCUCCCGCCAAGGCGUCCUCUCAGCGCACAGCGCACCUCCCGCGCUUUGUCCCGAGGCGCUGCUGGGAGGAGAGCGGACACCUGUGGCUGCGAUCCGUGACUGAGACGUGUCUGAGUUUCAGCCGAGCCAUCUGCUUCACCUCAGCCACCAUGAGCCGUCAGAAGCGCAGGUCCCAAAAGUGUGACCUGGAGAACAAUUCGAGAAUAGAUGACUUCUUUCCUCCGGUCCCAAAAGAAGAGCACAAUGCUACGAGUAGUUCUCAAAAGAAGAUGGAAUCUCAGAAAACGGUUAGGGAUAUAACCAACACUGUGGACCAAGGAUGCCGAUUUCCUAAGAAAAUUCGAGAAGACCAGAGCAUGCACCAAAAUAAGGUCAUUAAUGUUAUCUUGGAUGUGAACCGCAGAAAAAACCAAAACAUGAAUCAUAUGCUCCAUCACAGUGGGCAGGGAACCUUACAGGAGGCGCUCAGCACCCUCGAGGCUGUCAGAGAAGAGGCGAAGUCUCAGGCCGGCAAGGAGAUGCUGGUGUGUGGCACAGAAGGAGUUGAAGGAUUCCUAAACCUCAGGAUGCCCCUCAGUUGUUUUCCUGAGGAGAGCUCUGUGAAAAUUACUUUCUCCAACCAUGUAAGUGGACAGGAAAAUCAAGUGUUUGGCCGGCAAGACAGGAUGUCCACUGACUGUGUCAAAUUUUAUAUUCACGCAAUUGGGAAAACAAAAAAAAUGAUUGUUAAAUGUGGGGAACUUCACAAAAAAGGAAACAGACUCUGUGUCUUUGGUUUCAAAGGAGAAACCAUCAAGGACGCUGUGUGCAAGGACGGCAGGUUCCUUCCUCUCCUGGAGAAGAAGCCCUGGAGGCUCAUCCACAACCAUGUCUCUGAUGUAGAAAGCACCCAGCUGGUGGACCAGCUCGAGGGAAAGCUCUUCCAGGUUGAAGUUGAAAACAGGAGCAGCGCUAGGGUGGCAGCCACAGCCACGGCCACGGCCACGGCCACGGCCACCAGGAAUUCUGAGUCAGAGAAAAGCAGUCUCCGCGUGUUGAAAGAAUACAUUGUGGAAGAGUAUCCCAGUUUGAAAAGAGAAAGGGAAAAAUUCAGAGAAAACCUCAAGGAAGAAAUGAAAACAACAAAGAAAAACAAAGCUACAUUAAUUGCACUGCACCAAACAAACUUUGGGAAACAGAUAAGCAAUUCUAUUCCAGCUAAAACAAUCAAAUUCCUCUCCCAGGCCUUGGAGUCCGUGGGAUACUUACGCUGGGACAAUAAUGGAAAUGCGGGCAGCGCUACCUGCUUUGUCUUCGCACAGUCAUUCGUUUUCACUUGCCAGCACGUGAUCAGGGACAUGGUGGGGCCAGGAGUAGAGCCACGUUGGUGGGCAGACGUCAUUGGCCGCUGUGCGUGGGUGACAUUCAGUUAUGAAGAGUUUGAAACAAAAGACCACGACCGCUUUGACUUUGAACCUUGGUUUGAGAUAAGUGAUACAACCCUCGACUACGCUGUCCUGAAACUGAAGGAAAAUGGACGAGAAGCACCUCCAGGGCUCUACAACGGAUCCGCCCCUCCACCACCUAAUGGGUUGGUUUAUAUCACUGGCCAUCCUGAAGGAGAAAGUAAGUGCAUUGACCCCUGUGUUGUGAUACCUCAGAGUGCACGAGGUGAGGCAUGUCAGAGAAAUUAUGAAGGAUCCGUGCCUGAGCCUGACUGCGGGCCUCGCAUUUUCCAAAUGUACUCUCAAAAGAGUUUCCAGGAAAUUGUUCACAACGCUAAUAUUUUGACCUAUGACACCUCUUUUUAUCAAGGUUCUUCUGGCUCGCCAGUGUUUGAUUCCAACGGCUCUUUGGUGGCCAUGCAUACUGCGGGCUUCUCUGAUAAGUACCGAGGAAGGAGUGUGCGUCUCAUUGAGUUUGGCUCUGCCAUGCGGUCCAUCCUCUCUCACAUUGAGCACAAUCACAAAGAGUGGUACGAACAAGUGUGUGCACCUCAGCAGGAAGUAGAAAUGUUGAGUCAAGAGUAGGGAGGACCUGUGGGCACUUGCCUCUGCGGUUCUGUCAGAGCAAUGACAAUGGUUUUCUAAAUAUCAAAGUAGUCAGUUUCCGAAAAACUAAAACAGUUGAUAGUAUAGGCCAGCCAUUUCUAUAAACCCAUGAUGAAAUCAGUCCUGCUGUAACUUGAAGCCUUAAUUAUAAAUUGCUAGCUGAGGUCCCUGCCAUCUUUCUGACUGUCAAGGGACAAUGGCUCAUCAAACACAAUUCAUCUUGCUUUGUCUCCCUAAAUUGGUCAGAGGGAAGGGUUUGGUCCCCUGGUGAGGCAGGAUCAGUGCCCCACCUCAGGGUGGAGCAGUCACAAGAACAGAGCCCCAGACCCCUGCUGGCCGCCUCAAGAAUAGGGAAUCACAGCCCUGGGAUGGGGACCAGACAGCAGUGCAGAAAUAAGGAAGGCAGGAAGGAGACGAAGAAAACCAGACUUUGUAAGUAGUACUUUUAAGAAUAAAGUGACUUCAAGGCCCAGAGCCACCCAGGGCUUCUCAUGCCUGCGCACCUCAGGGGCUUCUCUGGGCCUCUUCCAGGACUGUCAUGCCGCAAAGCCCUUGAAGGUCCUCUAAGUCUACAGAUCAGCCAAACUGGUAAAGUCAAAGGUAGGGCCUUGACCUGAAGAGAAAUAGAUUCCAAGCCUUCAAAGAAUGUUUUCAGACAAUAUAUUUCACCUUUAAGAAAUCCAGUGUAGCAGGCGCUGUGCAUUUCUCCUGUACAGUGCAUCCCUCCAGUAUCUGGGAUAGCACUUGUCUCCUGCAAACUGGGUCUAUUGAUUUAUAAAUUCCAUUGCCAAAAACACAUAAAUCUUUCCUGCUCUACAGGAUGAGACUUCCUUUUUUGAGGCCUCAUGCCCUGUUUCUUUGAGUGUAUACUUUAAAAUCCUGCCUGAUAAUCCCUUUCUCUUUCUUUUAAAAAAACUAGUCGUAACAACCCUAAGAAGUGAGUUACUGCCCCACUCACGUGAAGCUGCAGGAGGUGUGCUGAGAUGAGCAGGUGUGGGACAGUGAGCAUCGCGUAACCUGAUGUUUUCAUCUUGAGUUUCUUCUCCUACAUUUACGUCCUCCAGGGAAGCAACUGAGAUUUGUUCAUUUAUCCCCAGUAUCUGACAUGGGGAAGAUAAGUGCUUACAAAAUGGUUUGGGCCAACCAGAAGGAAAACUGGGAGCUGUAGUUCAGGUCACCUGAGGAACCAAAUGGCUGUUCAGAAGUGAUCACAAAGUCCUUUAGGGUUUCCCAAGUCCUCCAUUUACUAAAUGUGUCAGAAUACGUGUGUCCUGGAAGUCCUCUUCUUGUGCUUGUGAGGACAAAGAGGAUGCCUGUAAAAUCUCAGAGUACUUUCUUCAGAGUUCCUGUGUUUCUUCCUUGUUUCCUUUUCUGGGUUCCAAUAUCUUACCCAACAUUCACAGGACAUGUCGCUGUCCUUCCUUCUGAGGCUCCUCUUGGCUGGGACAGUUUCUCAGCUGUCUUGCUUUUGAUGAUGUUGGCAGCUGGUAAGACUAACAUCAGCAUCUUGUAGGACGCCCCCUUUGCUCGACUUGGUCAGAGGCUUUGCUGAUGGUUAGACGUGGCUGUGGGUUCUGGAAGGAAGAUCGCAGGGUACAACACCACAUGGGCUGCGUCCCCUCAAGGCUCAGACUCAUGACCACAAACGUGGCCUUGACCACCAACUGCUAUGGUGUUUGUCAGACUCCACCCACAGUCUCUCCAGCUCCUAACCUCCCUGCAUGCACAGCCUCUGCACGUUUCCAUCCUCCCCACUCUGUGACUAC